UGAGGAAAGAGUACGAUCAGCACCGAGACGAGAUUGAUAUAGAACGAAUUCAACAGAUAAUGCAACGAGCAGUGAAAGAUGCAGAUUGGAUUCUGAAUAAAUACACGAAAUCAAAAUAAGAAAAGCUUCGAACUUUUGUUCUGUAUACCACGUGCUACCAAGAUGGCGCUGCGCUUAAAAGUUCUAAGCCUGUAUUCACGUGUACUCCGCUUAUCACGGAGUUGGGUAGCAACUAAUCCCGUGGAAACAGGAGUAGAAAGAGAAUAUAUUGAGUCAGAGGCUAAAUUACUCUUCAGAAAAAAUGCUGGUCUUAUCAACGAGUUAGAGAUAAAAGAAAGAAUCAGAGAGGCUGAGGCCCGUGUGACAAUGGCAGAACAUUACAAAAACCCGUACCCCCGACCAGUGAACCUGCCCAAGAGGUCCUAUUCUAAGCAGGAGGGGAAGAGGGUUGGGAAAGCUAUUCAGAAAAUGAACGAACAAAGCAGGCCUGUGUACAUUAGGUCUACAGAUGAUGCCGUGGGGAAAUCGAAACCUUGAUUUAUAAAACAGAAAAUUAAUUUAAACAGACAAUUUAUCCACCUUUGUUAUGUGAUAAUCCAGCUCAAUAAGUAGUGAUUUUAGAUAUUUAGAUAGAAUUAGAUAUUUAUAUCGAGAUAUUUAUGAUAUAGCCAAGAUUUUGCAAGUUUUAUUGUUCUUUUGCAAAUUUCAG